AUGAGCAGUUUUGCAAUUGGCCUGAAACGUGGGAGACGAAGGCCACAUGCGGGAGGGCUUGGUAGUCGCUGCGUUGCACAGCCACAGGCUGUGCAUGGUUUCAGCGGUGAUGAGGAUUCUGGGGACGAAAAGCCUCGUGGAAAAUCAGUGUCCCAUGUAGGCGAUAGUCCUCAUGACCAGCAGAAACAAAUCCCAGCCCAAGGCAUCAAGACUAACGGAGAAAAGGGCAGAAUCAAAGUCAUGGAAGAAAAGGCCGACAGCCCAAAGGUGAAAGUAUCGCAGAUAGCACGCCUUGUGGAACGACGCAAGGAUGCGGAGCGUGAGCUGCAGGUCUCUGAUUCCGUUGAAACAAAAGAUGAAGCCCUUUUCCGUUAUGAUGUCGAAAGAUGCUCUAGAGAGGUAUCCCUUCAAACAUAUCAGGGUACUCCUGUGGAUGGGUUUGGAGCAGCAAUGUUGCGAUCAAUGGGGUGGAGAGGGAACACUGAGAAGAAGGGAAAAGGUUCGAAGGAUUUAUCGGACAGCUGGAGACCGAAACCACGUCCUUCACGACUUGGUCUGGGAGCAAAGCUACACGAAAAAGAACAGAAGAGUGGCGCGAUUCAAAAGAAGAACCACGUAUCCACCUCAUUGCAGAAUGUAAAAAGCGUAGGUUACCAGAGUUUAGAGUUAUUGAAAGGGACGCAAUCGGAGGAAGAGCAAUCAUCGUCGCCGAAAGAAUCGAGCGCCCGUCAUGCGAAGGACGUAAAUCAGGUACCUGGGUUUGUAGGAGAGGGGCUGAAGCCGAAUAGGCGACCCUCAAAGAGGUUCCGGUUUACAGAGUCAUCGUGA